AUGAAGAAAACCAAGAAUCAAAUUCUUGGACUCAGGCGAACUGUCAAGGAGAUUACUUGGUGUAUGGUUCCCUCCGAUUCAUCGAAAAACGAUGGCCAAAGACUUCAAAACCCUUGCACCAUGCCGAAGGGUGUUCGACGAAGGCCUUGGGGCAAAUUUGCUGCAGAAAUUAGAGAUCCUUUCACCAAGAAACGUAUAUGGCUCGGUACUUUCGACACUGCAGAGGAAGCUGCUGCUGCUCGUCGGGCCAAGAAACUCGAAUUCGAGAUGACGAAGGCGGCCAUCGAUAAUAACAACUCAUCGGUAGUUCGUUCGUCUCCUCCAUCAGAACUUGAUGUUUCGACCAAUGCCAUUGAAGUGGAAGACAACGAUGAAGAGAACACAAGAUACGUAGCGAAGAAAGUUGUAAAAGAAUACAAUUUGUUCAUAAAUAUUGGCCAAAAUUUGUUUGUUAACUAA